AUGUUGGGAUGUUGUGUGGCUCCACCCCAGGCCGUGCAGGGCAUCCUGUGCUUGGUGCUGGGCUCCACCUACAACAUCAACAAGCCCAAGGAGCAACGCAAGGCCAACGCGUGGAACAAUGUAGUGCUGGCUCUCAACGUGCUCAUCACGGGCGUCAACGUGGUGCUGAGCGCCUUCGACAUGCGCUCCAGUGACAUGCUACGCGCCCCGCCCCCGGCCGCAGUACGAGCCGCCGCGCUGCCGGCGGCUGCACAGCCCGCC